AUGUCUUCCUCCGGUGCUGCUGCGGCGUCGACAUCUGGAUCUUCGUCUUCUCCAGCGGCUGCUUCGUCAUCCUCCACGACCACGUCCUGGUUCUCCGGAAUUGUUAGAGGCAAAUCAGGAACGGGGAAGCUAACGAAAAGCGCGUCGACGGUGGGAGGAGGAGGAGGAGGAGGAAGCGGGGAUUACGGUGGACCAAUCAAAGGGAAGAACCAGUUUCGCGGAGUUUUGUUCAGAUACGGUCCCAAAUCUAUUCAGGUGGCUUUUAAGACAGGAGAGUAUAAACAACAAGUGAUAUUCAUCGGUGGAUUAACCGAUGGUCUUUUAGCUACUGAUUACUUGGAACCUCUUGCAAUUGCUUUGGAUAAAGAGAAAUGGUCACUUGUUCAGCUACUCAUGUCCUCUUCGUAUUCUGGAUUCGGCACUUCAAGCUUGAAACAAGAUGCACAAGAGAUCGACCAACUUAUAAGUUAUCUCAUCAACAAAGAGAAUUCUGAAGGUGUUGUUCUGCUUGGUCAUAGCACUGGCUGCCAGGACAUUGUGUAUUACAUGGGAACAAAUGCUGCAUGCUCCCGAGCCGUCCGAGCUACAAUUUUGCAGGCACCGGUGAGCGAUAGAGAGUACAAAGCAACACUCCCUGAAACACCAGCUCUGAUAGACUUGGCUGCAAAAAUGAUAAGCGAAGGCCGAGCAGAGGAACUAAUGCCUAGAGAAGCUGAUCCUUGUGCUCCAAUCUCUGCUUAUAGAUAUCACUCCCUCUGCGCUUACAUGGGAGAUGACGAUAUGUUUAGUUCUGACCUUAGUGAUGAUCAGUUGAAAACUAGAAUUGGUCAUAUGGCUAACACACCUUGUCAGGUGAUUUUCUCCAUGGGUGAUGAGUAUGUACCGGAUUAUGUCGACAAAAAAGCACUGGUUAAUAGAUUAAGUAAAGCAAUGGGAGGAGCAGAGAAAGUGGAGAUAGAGCAUGGAAACCACUCUCUAUCCAAUAGAGUUCAUGAAGCUGUUCAAGCCAUUAUUGGUUUUGUCAAAAGAGAAGGACCCAGUGGUUGGGAUGACCCUUGGAGCUAA